AUGGCAGCCAGGCCCGCGGCGUUCGUGGGGACACAGGCAGAGGGAGCUGUGCGGGAGCAACGCGGCAGCGAGACGAGCCGGGCUCCGGCUGCAGAGCAGCAGGAGGAGGAGGAGGAGGAGGAGGAGGAGGAGGAGGCGGCUGCUGGCGCUCGCCCUCCUCCUUCCUCCAUCCCUGCAUCCCUCCCUCACCAUGCAGAGCCCCCCCUGAGCCCCCAGCGCCCGGGGGACCCGCCAUCCCCAGGGUGCCCAGCAGCGCUCCCGCCACCCCGCCGGGGCCUUCAGCCUCUGCUUCCUUCCUUCCUUCCUCCUCCUCCUCCGCCUCCUCCUCCUCCUUCCCUUCCCCCCCCCCUUCCCGCCCCCCCGCAGCCACCACCCUCCCUCCCUCCUUCCCCAGGGCCUGCCUGGCAUGGAGGUGCUGGCCACGGGGAGCCGGAUGCUUCCCGCGGGCUGCAUCGCUCCUGCCCCGCAUCCCUGUGGCCGCAUCCCUCCUUCCCCGCAUCCCUGUGGCUGCAUCCCUCCUGCCCCGCAUCCCUCCGCCCUGGCACAUCCCUGAGCCGCUCGGCAGCCGCCUCCUUUGUGCAGCGGAGCGGCUGUGCGGGCUCCGUGUCCCCCCCCACCCCAACCCCGCAGCCCCCCGGCUCGGGGGUGGCCGGCGGGCGGGCGAGCGGGAGAGAUGCUGUCCUCGCCGGAGGAGCCCAGCGCGGGAGGUCGGCGGCCAGAAGCAGCGCCCGUCACCGGCCGAUGCUGACACCCCUUCCCCGCCAAUCCCCGGAUCCCACACCUCCAUCCCAGAGCCCUCCCCCGGCCAUGCCCCAGCGGAGCAUGGGGGGCUCCGGAUCGCGCCCCGCGCCGCCUGCGUCCCCCCGUGCCGGGCCGUGA